CCAUCUCAAUAAUUUCUCAAAAUUCUUUGUGCGUUGUGCAUACAUCAUAAUGGCCUCAUAAUGAGGGCACGCCCACAAUUACAUGAAACAAUCAACCAAAUAUAUAGGCGCAUGAUAUUUGUCUGUGAUCAUUCUGAUCCAAAAUGGAAGAAAUUUCAGACAAUUACUUCGACAUGUUGCCGGAAGAUUGUGUUUCUGAAAUUCUGUCUUUGACUUCUCCAUUAGAUGCUUGCAGAUCUUGUCUUGUCUCCCCCAACUUCAGAUCAGCCAUGGAGUCUGACAUUGUUUGGCGAAAGUUCCUGCCAUCUCAUGCUGAUCUUCAAAAUAUUAUCUCACGAUUGGUCACUCCUCUGAAGUUUUCUUCCAACAAAGAGCUCUUUUUUUGUCUGUGUCACCCAGUUCUUUUGGAUUCCGGUAAAAUGAGCUUCAAGUUGCAGAAAUCAUGUGGGAGAAAAUCUUAUAUGCUAUCUGCAAGAUCACUUUCAAUCACUUGGAGCAAUAAUCCAUUGUAUUGGUUCUGGUUACCUUCUUCUGGAUCCAGGUUCGCCGAAGUUGCAGUGCUAAGAUCAACCCAUUGGCUAGAAAUUGAAGGCAAGAUAAAGACUGAAAUGCUGUCACCAAACUCAAUUUAUGGAGCUUAUCUCAUAAUCAAAAUCACCCAUCGUGCAUACGGGUUUGAUUCAGUGGCUGCAGAGGUAUCAGUUGAAGUGGGGGAUCAGGUGUCCAGCAGUGGCAGGGUCUAUUUAGUAGUUGAUCAUCAUGGCAAACAUGACAAGAAAAUGUUAAGAUCAUCACCGUUGAUUCAAGGUGAUGAUCAAAGAAUCCCAUGUGAGAAGGAAAAUGGAUGGAUGGAGAUUGAGCUUGGGGAAUUCUGUAGUGGGGAUCAUGGUGAUCACAAGGAGGUUAAAAUGAGUCUGAAAGAGGUUAAAGGCUGUCAACUGAAAGGAGGCCUUAUAGUUGAAGGGAUAGAAGUGAGACCAAAAUAAUAAAAAAUUAAAAAGUUCUUUGUACAUAAAUAAUUGAAUUAAUUUCAAGAAAAUCUCAGAUGAUAAUAUAAAAAAUUGAUUGAAUUUUGUUUU